GUAAAAUCAAAUCUCCCCGGAAAACGUGUAGUGAAGCUGACAGAGCCCCCAUAAAUAGCAUCCUUCUGGUCGGCAGAUCAGGAAACUCAUCGCUGUCAUUACCGGCAAAUUCGAUAGUGACAAAGCGAAGGCGCUUCCCGGUCUUUUUUUUUUCAUCGCGCGCUGCGUGUUGUCGUCAGAGUGAAGUGAAUUCUCAAAUCUGGAGCUGGAUCAAUCUUGUUGUCGUGUUCUUUUUGGCCUCGGGGAUACGCUCACUCACAGACAUGAUGAGAGACACGGCAGAGAUCUUGUGGAGACUUCUGUCAAGUGGGACGAGAUAACUCGAUCUAGGUGACCGUUGGGUGGCAGACGAACCUCAACCACCAUGAGGCCAGCUUGGCCAAAGUACCUCACCAUAGCCAUCUGCUGCCUGGCUCUUUUCCUCUUUUUCCCGCCACUCCGGAACCUGGUCCUGUAUGUCGUCUGGCCGAACGCCUGGCGGGACGUCAGCACCUUUGACAUCAUCAUGAUCUCCAACUUCCCUUCACCGGAUGACGUCACUCUCCAGGCGAGCUGCGACUUCUCCAACCCCCACCCACCCUUCAUACACCCGGCAGACCAAGCCUCUUUAUCCAUCAGCAACUUCAGAGACGAAUCGUCACCAGCUAGACCGCUGAAGUCUUCGGCACAUUCCGUCUUUCUACCAGCCAUGGAGCGGAGGGAUAAAGAGAUGCUUUUUCAAAUGUACCUCGUGAUGGCGUCCGCUUUCAAAAGUACCGGCAUUGCUUUCUUCAUCCGCGGGGGGUCGCUGAUUGGGGUGCACAGACAUCGGGGCCUGAUCCCUUGGGAUGACGACAUUGACAUUGCCCUCAAUGUCACCGACUGGUUGCGCGUGAGGGAUGUGCUCUCCUGUAUAGAGGGAUACAGACUCGAGAUGGCGCCGUCGUCCAACACCCACUGGAAGUUCCACCCGGCCGGCACCGCCUUCCCCUUCAUCGAUCUCUUCUUCUUCGCGGAGAACCAGGAGUUUGUGUGGGCCCUGACACCCUACACCCGCCACACCUUCCUGUUGCGCAAGGCCGACGUGUUCCCACUGACCACUGGUCGGUUUGAGGGCCUCCAGGUGCCGGUGCCACGCCGCACAGACAAGAUCCUGAAGGCGUUGUACCACUUCAGUCGCUGCGAGUCCCGGAGCUCCAACCACAAGACGGGAGAAUCUUCCACAGUGGUGGCAGUCCCUUGUACAGACUUGACCUACAUGUUUGACAUGUACAACCUUGACCCUUGACGCCUGGAAUUACCUUGACCUUUGAGGCCUCGAGUUACCUUGACCUUUGAGGUCUGGAAUAACAUUGACCCUUGACGCCUGGAAUUAUGUGGGGGGUUUUAGUUUCAGUAAGGUUUUACGGCGCUGGCAAAUUCCCAAGGUCAUAUGAGCGCCAAGGGGAGGAUGUCAACA